CACAAGCAGAGAAAGCAGGUUACCUCAGGGAGUAACCAGGCGUGUGUUGUGUUCAAAACAAGAACCAUCUCUUUUUUAGAAAACAGUAAAAUCCAUUUCAGAUUGAGCGUAAGUGCUGAGAUGCUUCUAUGCUUCUAUGGGCUUCUGCGCUGUUGAAUCGUGUUCCUGCCUCAGCCACCAUAUAUCACAUGUUUGGAGGGAUGCAAACUCACUGGGCUUUUGCAUGGAUUGUGCUCCUGUUCUCUGUGAAUCUUUCUUGCUGCAGUAUGCUGUGCGAGGGGUACUGGGAUCUUCAAAGACAACAUCACUCAGGGUUUUACUGUCCCCGCCUGACUGAUCCUACAGGAUUAACUUAUUGCUGCCACCAAGGAAACCAUUCCCUAAAGUACUGCUGCAACCAAUCAGAGUUCUUAAAGAUGGACUUUCAUAAUCUUGCACAGAAUAACACUUCUAAACGUGCUGACAGCUGGCCUUUCUCCCUCCUGGCUGUGGGACUCUAUGGGAUUUUGGUUCUCACUCUGAUGAUAGUGGACUAUCUCUGGUUCUGCAAGCUUUAUGGCUUGACAGUGUUUGGUGCUAUCAGGAAACAUCUGCCCUGCAUUCACUGGGUCUCCAAUAUCCUACAGCAUCGAGGUUCCUAUGGCAACAGAAAGCCACAAAUAUAUGAGCAGCAGAGCUCUCCAUCUCUCCAUAGUGAUUGGGAGCACAGAUCAUUGGGUCGGAGUUUCCAUGGAGACCAGAACACAGAAGUCACGCAACUGGACUCUGAUUUAAACAGUGAAAGAACAGAAUGUGAUAUUGUAUGGCCUUGAGAACAGCAGUUAAAACUCCAUUUUAGCAGAAUGGCAGCAUGAGCAGUUCAUUUGAAUGUAUCAGGUUAUGUUUUAGCAAUAAUUCUGAGAGAUUUUGGAUGUUAAAUUAAAUUUAAAUUUAAGCUGUCAUCUAAAUGAUUUCAGGAAGCACUCCUAAAAGAAAACUGCAUCUCUUCUUCUAAUUCUUUCGGCUGCUCCCAAUAGGGGCUGCCACAGCAGAUCAUCUUGUUCCAUUUCUUCCUGUCCUCUGCAUCUUGCUCUAUCACAUCCAUCACCUGCAUGUCUCACCACAUCCAUAAACCUUCUCUAAGGCCUUCCUCUUUUCCUCUCACCUCCAACCUUAGCAUCCUUUUCCCAAUAUACCCAGCAUUCCCCUCUACACAAGUCCAAAUCAGCAAAAUCUCGCCUCUCUGACUUUAUCUCCAAACUAUCCAACCUGAGCCGACCCCCUGAUGUACUCAUUUCUAAUCCUAUCCAUCCUUGUCACACCCAAUUCAAAUCUUAACAUCUUUAACUCUGCCACCUCCAGCUCUGUCUCUUAUUUUUUGGUCAGUGCCACCAUCUCCAACCUAUAUAAUAUAGUGGGGCUCACUAUCAUCUUGUAGACCUUUCCUUUCACUUUUGCUGGUCCCCAUCUGUAAAAGAAAACUGCAUUUGAGUUGCAUAUUUAGCAUCCAUUCUCCAUAAAUAUUAACUGCUUAUAUACGUAAAAUCAGCUUUUACUUUAAGUUUUCUGUUAGAAUUUGGUACAUGUUAAAUUUUCAGUAUUUGCAUUUAGGAAAAUAUCUUACAUAAAAAGUUUUACUGUAUAUGA